AUGUCACAUUGUUAUACUGAUACACCUUGUAUUCGAAAUUUAAAAGUGAACCCUGAUACGAACUUUUUUGCAGAUACCCUGAUAAGUUUAGGCAUGAAAUCAGAUUUGUUUCUUAGACAACCAAUGCAAUUCAGCCAGACACUUGAACACCGACCCAUUGAAUUUUUCGUCAAAAGAAAGCGGGUACUUCGAGUCUCAAGCUAUUUCAUAAAAAUGCAACCAGUGGAUGAAGGCUUAGACUAUGCCUCACAAGGAAUGAUGGAUGAGUAUCCAGCGAACGUGCUCCAGAACCUCAUGCCGAUUUCAGACGAGUGUGUGUUCACUGGGGGCUACAUGCCACGUGGAUGCAUAAAUCGCCUUCAUUCUUCCCUAUUGGCUAAACGUAUUCAUCCUGAGGAUGUUUGGCGCGUAUUUGUCAAUCGGAUUCAGGCAGAUAUUCAGGCCAGCAAGAAUAAAUUAUCUUUAUCAUCUCUUGGUCUUCCUCCUACCAAUUCACUAAUCAGCUGUUUAUCUGUGAUGAGUGGCUCACAACCUCAAGUUGACAGGCAAGACUCUGUAAAUUUGAUGAACUCUGUCCCAUUGGUUGUUAAAGACAACUUUUGUGUGAAUUAUCAAAAACUACCGCUGAAAACAACAUGUGCUUCGAAAUCAUUGGACAACUUUUGUCCACCGUAUGAUGCUGCUGUUGUAUCGUGUCUUCUGAAAUCAGGUGCUUUCAUCAUGGGAAAAUCUAAUAUGGAUGAAUUCGCUAUGGGUUGUGGAUCUGUUGACAGUGCACUUAUUGGUCCUGUUGUUAAUCCAUGGUCUUGUAGACUACUUCCUCAUAAUAAUACUGGUUAUAUAACUCAGCUUGUAUCCGGUGGAAGUUCUGGAGGUAGUGCAGCUGCUGUUGCUGCUGGACUUUGUCUAGCUGCUAUCGCUUCAGACACUGGUGGUUCGGCGCGAUUACCUGCUGCAUAUUGUGGAGUUGUAGGCUUGAAGCCAACCUAUACGUUGAUUUCUCGUCAUGGUCUUAUCCCGUUAGUGAAUAAUCUAGAUGUUCCCGCUAUCAUAGCUCCAUCAGCUAGCGAUGUUGCUAGUGUUUUAGCGGCUUGGUUAUCACCAGAGGAUGUUUCUGCAAGAACAGGUGAUGCAACAUGCACUCAAUUACCUCAGUCUUUCUUGAAACGGAUUUACAGUGAAUUACAAGAUGUUGCCAAAGGUUGUGUGCAAUAUAAUAGUGAAACACGUCCUCUUCGGAUAGGCAUUCCACUGGAGUAUCAUGUUCCUGGUCUCAAUGAAGAGAUAUGUGUCAUGUGGGACACUGUGGCUAGUUGGUUAGCUGAUCAAUUAUCAUGUUCUGUCAAACUGGUCAGAUUACCUCAUACUCCUGUGGCUACAAGUGUGUAUUCAGUACUGUGUGCAACUGAGGUGGCGUCAAACAUGUCCAGAUAUGACGGACUGAAGUACGGGUUUUCUUCAACAAAAACGUGUAAUAAUGGUGGUAAAAGUCGAACAGCAAGAAAUACAGUAACACAAUAUUCUACUACUCGUUCAAUUGGCUUUGGUGAUGUUGUCCGUGGUAGAAUAUUUGCUGGUAAUUUCUUCCUUCUACGCGAUCAACAGUGUCGUCAUUUAGAAGCUGCAAGACGUUUGUGGCGUUUAAUUAAGGAGGACUUUAUUAAGGCUUUUGAGUCAGUAGACUUCAUCCUGACACCAGUUUCACCCAAUCUACCAAUAAGUAUAGCCGAAUUCACAAAAUUGGAUAAUCGUACUCGCACAACACUUGAUGAUGUGUGUACAGUAGCUGUCAACUUAGCUGGACUACCAGCAGUUGCAUUCCCUGUCGGCGUAUCGCCUACUUUUGGUUUACCAAUCAGCCUACAAUUGAUUGGACCGUACUUCUCAGAACCUCAGCUGUUGUCACUUGUAGCAAAGAUUGAAAAUUUGGCUAAUUUCCAACCCUUGGUUGAUCAUCAGUCUAUUAUUGAUUCUAUUUAAGUGUGUUCCCCUCUGAGUGUGUGUGUGUAGACAGAGGAGAAUGAAGCUGUUGGCAAUUGAUAUGGAUCUGUUUAUAUUUACUUAUUUUGUUUGUACACAACAAACUCUGAUCUUGUUUCUUUGUAAUUAAUUUUUCCUUAAUCUAAUAAAACUGAUCGAGCAUUAUUCACCUGCUCUCAGUAAAUCUCUGUACAUAACCUCAAAAUACAGCAGUAUCGAUCUCAUCGUAUGGUUUCAACCUUUUGCAUUGCGUGCUAUGCUGCAAUCAAUCAGUGAAUGCAAGCACGGC